AUGAAGUUAAUGAUUCAACAAGGGCAGAUUUCUUCCUGGAUAAGUCUAUUAUAUAUUAUAAUUGUACAAAUCAAGUGUUCAGUUCAGAUCUAUCCUCCUCCUCUCUAGCCUGCACUGUCGGUGCUUUGCACAAAGAUGUGGCUUUCUCUUGGGAUCGUCUUUUCUCUGGGGAUGCUAAUUCCUGGAAAACUCAGCUUGAAAUUGCAGUAUGACAGGGAUCAGGUUUUGCAUAUUGUGCCAGAAACAUUUCAGCAAGUCCAGCAUCUUCAGCUUCUUCACAGUACUUUACUGCUGGAUUUGUGGAAGCCCUUGAUGCCUGAAUAUAUCACGGCUGGAGAAGACCUGCACAUAAGGGUCCCAGCCCCUCUGGUGCAGGAGGUGAAAGACAGCUUAGAUCAGCAUAUGAUCUCUUACAGGGUCCUAAUACCUGAUGUACAGGAACUUGUGGAUCUGAGCAUGCCAAGGGAGAGGAGCAGCCAUAAACAGGUCCGAGAAGGUUACGUCUACACCCAGUAUCAUCCAAUGGAAGAGAUUUAUGAAUGGAUGACUCAGAUCCAGGAGAACUACAGUGAGCUGGUCACUCAGAACUUCCUGGGGAUGACAUUUGAGAAUCGACCAAUGUAUUAUCUACAGAUCAGUCAACCAUCAAAUAAACCCAAAAAGAUAAUUUGGAUGGACUGUGGGAUUCAUGCCAGAGAAUGGAUCUCUCCAGCCUUCUGUCAGUGGUUUGUGAAAGAAAUUCUUCAAAAUUACAAAUCUGACCCAAAGAUUAGAAGAUUUCUGCAGCAUUUGGAUCUCUAUGUCUUGCCAGUCCUCAAUAUUGAUGGCUACAUCUAUUCCUGGAAAACAGAUCGUUUGUGGAGGAAAAACCGUUCUCCAUAUAUGAAUGGCACCUGCUAUGGGACAGAUCUGAACCGAAACUUCAAUUCAUCCUGGGGCAGUAUUGGUGUUUCUUUUGACUGCAGCAGUAAUAUCUUCUGUGGCUCUGAACCAGAAUCAGAACCUGAGACAAGAGCUGUGGCUGAGUUUAUCAGGAGGAAGAAGAGUGACAUUGCAUGCUUUUUAACAAUCCACUCCUAUGGACAGCUCAUCCUCAGUCCAUAUGGUUCCACAACUAAACCUCCAAGUAACAAUGAAGAACUGAUGCAAGUUGGAAAGAAAGCAGCUGCUGCACUGACAGGAAAGUAUGGCACCAGCUAUAAAGUAGGACCACCCUCUUUAAUUUUAUACAAUAACUCAGGCUCCUCACGGGACUGGGCCCACAUGAUUGGUAUUCCUCUCUCCUACACAUUUGAACUGCGAGACAAUGGUACUUAUGGAUUUCUUCUCCCCGCUGACCAGAUCCAGCCCACAUGUGAGGAGACUAUGUUGGCUGUGACAACUAUCAUGGACUAUGUAUAUCAGGAGUACUUGCCAGCUGGGGCUGUGGUUCUGACCUGCAGCAGCCUGGCCCUGAGCCUUUGCCUGAGUAUUGUACUUACAUGGACUGUUUCUUAAAAAUGGCUUAGAGAGCCC